AUGGUGGAAACAUAUCAUUUUCGUCAGAGGUAUUUCUCUCUCUCUCUCUCUCUCUCUCUCUCUCUCUCUCUCUCUCUCUCUCUCUCUCUGUGUGUGUGUGUGAAAUUUUCUUUCUUUUCUCCAUUUUUUUCUCUUCGUUUUUUUCGACUUUCUUCCAUUUUAACAGCAGUAUUUUAUUCACAUUUCCAAAAGUAUAUGAUCUUUCUGUCUUUCUCUUCUCAAUUUUUUUUUAUCUGUUCCCUUCAUUUUUUUUUUCUAUUUCCUUCCAUUUUUAACAGCAUAUGUUCUUUCGGCUUUUCUUCUUUUUUUUUUCUUUCUUUUACUUCUUUCUUUUUUUCUUUUCCAACAGAUUUCUUAUAUCUUUUCCUUUUACUUUUUUCUUUCAUUUCUUCUCUCUUUUCAAAAAUGUUCUUUCUUUUUUCUUCCUUUUCUCUUUCUUCGUUUACCUUUAUACUUUCUGUUUUCUACUUUCUUCCUUUUUUAGGGGCAACUUUUUCCCUUUUUCCUUUCUUUAUUCUUUCCUUUUUUCAUUCAUUUUCAUUCCUUUUUCCUCUUACUUUCUGUUGUUUUUUUUUGUUUUUGUUUUUUUCUUGUUUUUUUACUUUCCAACUUAUUUCUGUUCUUCUUACUUUUUCUUUCAUUUUUUUGGUCUUUUUAGUAAUUUUUCUUAAACUCUUUCUUUUCCAAAACCCAUUCUUCAUUGUUUUCGAUUUGUGUCCAACUUUCAUUAUAUUGAUUCAAUCAUUUAAUUUUUCAUCCCACUCAUUUUGUCUUUCCUUUUUUUAUUUUUUCCCAAUCAGUCUACAUUCCUUCAUUUCUCGUUCUUCUUCUAUUCAUAUUCUCUUAUCAUUUUCACCAUUUCUAGCUCUUUUCUUCCUUCAUUUUACUUUCUUUUUUUUCUUCUUUUCUUUCUUUCUUUCUUUCUUUCUUUCUUUCUUUCUUUCUUCACAUGUUUCUCCAGUUUUUCUUUCUCCCAUUCUCUAUUUCUUUUUAUUUUCUGCCUACUCUCUAUUUCUCUAUUAUCUUUUCUUUCAUCCUCCUCUUCUUUUUCCUUUACAUUAUUUCUAA